AUGUCUCUUACGAUGGUGCUGGGUGGUCUGUGGGUGUUGCUCACUAUUUUUGUCCAAUCUAUGGCACGGGGUAGUCGCAUUUAUGAUUGUAUACUCUUUUCAGAUCUUUUUGUGUACACUGUUGCCACUGAUGAUAACGACGCCCUGCAAAGGUUUAAAAGGUCCGCUGAAAUCUUUGGCUUUGCCGUUAGGGUUCUUGGCUCCGGUGAAACGUGGCUUGGUGGAGAUGUUGCGAAUUAUCCCGGUGGAGGGCAGAAAGUUCGAUUUUUGAGAGACGCUCUUGGACCAUUUUCUGAGGACAAUGAAAACUUGGUUCUCUUUGUGGAUAGUUAUGAUGUUGUGUUCAUGGAUUCAGUGGAUACAUUUCUUGACAAAUAUGACGCCUUGCAGCACCGGGUUAUUUUUUCUGCCGAGAAAUUUUGCUGGCCACAGCCUUCUCUAACGUCGAAGUAUCCCGUCGUUGAUGAAAAUGAAAGUCGAUUUUUGAAUUCCGGGUCAUUCGUUGGACCUGUUGCUGAUAUUUUUCGUAUAAUCAGUCACAGUCCAAUUGAAAACGAGGAUGAUGACCAGCUCUUUUAUACCAAAAUUUUUCUCAAUCCAAGUCUCCGCCAAGAGUUCGAUAUCGCCUUGGAUACGCGGUCUGAACUUUUCCAAAAUCUCAAUGGGGCCUUGGGAGACAUUAGGAUAGACUACAACGAGGAUACGGGUUACUUGGUGAAUACUCGGACCAAUACCCGACCCAUUGUUGCACAUGGAAACGGACCGAUCAAAGUAAAAUUCAAUUCCCUGACGAAUUACCUUGCACGAACCUGGACUCCUUCAAAAGGCUGUCUCUACUGUCGAGAGGACAAUAUUCGUUUGGACGAACUCUCAGCAAGUUUCCAUCCAUGUGUUUUCCCAAUUACUACGAUCGCAUAUAACGCGAGUGUCGGCUUUGUUUCUUUCCAGCCAAAUGCCUAUCCUGUUGUUCAGAUUUCCGCCUUCAUCACGUCUCCCACUCCCUUCAUUGAGGACUUCUUUAAGGAUCUUGAUCAACUGAAUUAUCCGAAGAAGAGAAUUCACCUAACCCUUUACUGUAAUGUGGAAGAACACUAUGCAGCUCUCCUAGAGUUCAAUAUAACCAGGGGCUACGAGUAUAAAUCCGCCAUUGUUAUUUCCGAGGGUACCUACACAACGGAUGUGUCUGCAAAGAAUCACGCCUGGUCCCUUUGCCUUGGUCAUGAAGAUUGCGCUUUCGUUCUUACCAUUGACUCGAUGGCACGACUCACGAAUCCAGACACUCUGAAUCAUUUGGUGCGCAUGAAUCGCAACGUUAUGGCUCCACUUCUCACGCGAAUCGGCAAGCUCUGGUCUAACUUCUGGGGUGCUCUCAACCAUGACGGCUACUACGCGCGCUCCUUCGACUACGUCGAUAUAAUUAACCGCAAACAGAAGCAAGUCCAACCAUCUUUUCGCUGUCACUCUAGUUCUUGCAACAUUUACACCUCUGGAUUUAUUUUGGGCAUAUGGAACGUGCCUUUUGUGAGCAGCUGUUACAUGUUCUCGAGAUGGACAGCACGUCAACUGAUGAACCGCUUACCACAAGAAGAUUCCUUCCCAGACAUGACCCUAUCAAGACUCAUCCGUGAAAAGAACAUCUUCCUAUUUGUGGAUAAUCAAGAGUACUUCGGUCACCUAAUCAACCCGGACACUUAUGGACUGAACCAUCUACACAACGAUAUGUGGCAAAUAUUUGAUAAUCCUGUGGAGUGGGAGAAGAAAUAUCUCCAUCUGGAUUACCACAAGUACGUAAAUCGUUCAUUUGAUGGAUUUGAACAGCCCUGCCCAGAUGUGUUCUGGUUUCCCCUCCUCUCAGAGCGGUUCUGCAAGGACAUGAUAGAGGAGUUGGAGGUUGCUGGUCUGUGGUCAACGGGCAGCAACAUUGAUCCGCGACUGGAGGGCGGCUACGAGAAUGUGCCUACCAUCGACACACACAUGCGUCAGAUCGACUGGGAGGCUCAUUGGUUGCACGUCCUUGCCACCUACGUGCGUCCCAUCCAACGAGUUGUCUUUGAGGGCUACGAAGACUUGCCGACUGCCCGAAUGAACUUCGUGGUUCGUUACAAGCCCGAUGAGCAGCACAGCUUGCGUCCCCAUCACGACGCCUCGACCUACACCCUCAACAUCGCCCUUAACCGACCAGGCUUCGACUAUCAGGGUGGUGGGGCUCGAUUCGUGCGUUACGACUGCGCGGUUGUGCGUUCGCGUCCCGGCUGGGCUCUCAUGCAUCCGGGACGGUUGACCCAUCUCCACGAGGGUCUUCGCACCACCCAUGGUAUCCGCUACGUUGCCGUUGUGGCUCUACCUCCUUCCUCUCCUCUCCAUUAUAGCCUCGUGCAGGGCACAAGCCUACGCAUGACUCUUCCAUGCUCGCUUACUUUAUCCAUAGGACUUCACGUAAUCGGCCUACGUGGGGAGAUAGAUGACGCUGUGAAACGAUUUGAGCGCUCUCUUCAGGUCUUCGGCUACGCUCACGACCUCAUCGACCUCUCUGCUUACGGCCGCACCACAUACGAAAUCCCCUUCGGACGCAAGGUGCAGGCCCUUCGUCACCUCAUAGGCGACAUCACCACUGAAUAUGUUCUUAUUCUUGACAGUCACUCCUCCAUCCUACUCAACAGUCCUGCCGAUCCUAUAAAGCAGACCGAAAGGAUUGGAGCGGAUUUCAUUUUCAUUGAAACAGAUGUUAACUCAGGCAAAAAACUGCCUUCCAGCGAUGCUAUAUUCACAGGCAUGAUGGCCCGGACCAGUAGACUCAAAGAAGUGCUGGAGGGCCUUCCGAAUGAUUCAUCCGAUGACCUUGUUGACAAGUUCAUCAGUGAACUGCGCUCUGCACUUGCUCGGGAUUCUAUCAAGGUUGUAAUAGAUGAAGAAUCCGCUCUCUUUCAAAUUGUCAACAAAGACUCUGGUAGGAAAGCCUUUGUUAUGAUGGCUCUUCAACCCUUCAGUGCAUAUUUAAAGGUCCGCUAUGAGGGUGAUCGUGGGUACGUGCAGAACGUGCGCAAGGACACCGUCCCACCCAUCCUCAUCUCUUCUCCUGAAGGCAAGAAACAAGAGGAUAAUUUAAGUUUUAUGCAUUUACAGCAUCUCGAUUAUCCCGUCAUCCAACUUAGUGUCCUGAUAAUGGACCCCACGCCAUUCCUUGAGGUCUUCUUUGAGAGUCUGGCAAAUCUUACCUAUCCCAAGAACCGAAUUGACCUGGUCACAUACUGUGCUGUGGAGAAGCAAAAGUCAAUUGUGGAUGAUUACGUUGCCAAGAGUUUGCAUGAAUACCACUCGAGCAGAGAGAUCCGAUUGCAUCCGAGCGCACGACCCAUCGAAGUAUUCCGACAGGCUUUGUCCUACUGCUGGGAGAGAACUGGAUGCAAAUACCUCUUCUACAUAGAGCCAACCACCCAGUUGCGCAAGGCAGACACGUUGGAGCACCUGGUGUCGGCGAAGAAGAACGCCAUUGCGCCUAUGAUGACGCGUCCAGGCAAAUUCUGGUCCUCUUUCUGGGGUGCUCUUACCGAUGAAGGUGCCUAUGCACGUUCUGACGACUACUUCGACAUCGUUGAACGCCGCCAAACAUCAAGAUCUAGAGGUAGCAUCAACUAUGGUGUUAAAUAUGAUUACUCCUAUGGGUGUUUCAGUGGACUCUGGAAUGUGCCGCUGGUUGGAAGCUCAAUACUCUUCUCACGAUGGGCCAUAGGGCAACUUCAGGAGGCACUGGAGGAUAGUGACUUCCUCCUCUAUGAUAUUGCGAAUGCUGCUCUUCACCGAAACAUUUUCCUGUUCGUGGACAACCGGAAGGACUUCGGGCAUCUGGUGAAUCCAGAGUCUUACACCUUGGAGCACCUUCACAACGACCUCUGGCAGAUUUUUGACAACCCUACAGAUUGGGAGGAGCGCUAUAUCCACCCGGAGUACUUCCGUUUCGCCAACGCCUCCUCUACCUUGGCUGACUUUGAACAGCCUUGUCCGGACGUUUUCUGGGUGCCACUAAUGUCAGAGACCUUCUGUCAACAGCUAAUUGAAGAGAUGGAGCACUUUGGAAGGUGGUCUGAUGGUUCCAAUUACGACCCUCGCCUCGAAGGUGGAUACGAGAACGUGCCUACUGUUGAUAUCCACAUGAGACAGAUUAGCUGGGAAGAGCACUGGAUACACGUCCUUCAAAAAUACGUUUAUCCUAUUCAGCUGAAACUGUGGGAGGGGUACUAUGAUAAACCAAGCGCGAGGAUGAACUUCGUUGUGCGCUACAAACAGGGCGAGCAGUCAUCGCUGCGUCUUCACCACGACGCUUCCACCUACACUCUCGACAUGGCUCUCAACCGUGUUCACAUCGACUACACGGGUGGAGGCGUGCGGUAUCCGCGCUAUAACUGCACCCUAGUCGACACCCGCGUCGGAUGGCCUCUCAUCUUUCCCGGUCGACUUACGCACCUACACGAGGGUUUAGAAACUACCAGCGGCGUGCGAUACAUCUUUGUGACUUUUGUGAAUCCCUAA